UACAUAUAUAGAAAGUUCAAAGUCAACCAAAUAAUGGUUAUUCAUAAGCAUUAACUUGCUGGCCUCCUUGCACCAACUUGUAUAUAUGUGUAAUGUAUAUUUAUAUAUAGAAAUGGCUUGUUUCAAGAUCACACAAACAAACAGAAAUGGAGUUCAAGCAUUUUAGCCACCCCCAUGGCUUGUGUUUUCGACAAAUCCCUGACCAAGUGCCCGAAAUCCAGUGCUCAGGCUGCAACACUCCGGCCUCAGGCUCUGUCUACACCUGCAGGCAGUGCAACAACUUCAAUCUUCAUGAGCAAUGCUUUCAAGCAACUCGCUCAUUGAACCACCCUUCCCACCCAUCUCAUCCUCUCAGCCUCUUCCCCUAUCCCACUUACCCCUCUUCCUCUUUCUUCUGCAAUUCCUGCAAUCUCGCUGGAACCGGCUUCUCCUACAGCUGUUCCACGUGUGAAUUUGACCUUCAUGUCCAUUGCGCUUACAUGCCUGUUCCCCCAUCACCAUAUCCUAGUUUUCCUAUCCCAAAUCCCUCUUUCCGUCAAGAAUCGCCGAGUUUUAGUCCUCCUCAAUAUGUUUAUAGGCCUGAAAAUAUUACCCGUGAAUCUGUUCCCAUAAAUUGUCCCAACCAACAAUACAAUUCAGCAAAUCAGCAUUACUCUUUUCCCCAUGAAAUGCCCGGUUUUAGUCCCCAGUGUGCUUACAGGCCUGAAACUACCGCCAUCCAUGAAUCUUUUGUCAAUGGUCCUAACCCCAUCCCACCACAAUACACUUCACCAAAUGAAGCAUUGUCAAGUUUAAAUGCCCUAAUAGGAUUGGCUAAUCAACCAACAUGUGCUCCAUAUACUGGUGCAAAUCAACAGUACUUUUUUUCCCAUGAAACACCAAGUUUCAAUCCUUAAUAUGCUUACGUGCCUAAACUAGUACUACCACCCAUGAAUCUGUGAUCAAUAAUAGGCCUAACCCACAAUACACUUCAUCAAAUCAAGCACUUUCUUCAACAGC